GCCACGUUGAGCCAAGAAGAGCAACAACAACACAGCACAGGAUGGCAAGGCGGGCAGUGUCGGCUGGCGCGCGACUGGACGUCGUGAGCGGCGUGCAGGCGGCAUGGACACAGCACAAGGAGCAAGGGUAUGACUUUGUCGUCCUUCCACUGGAGCACGAGGGAACCCCAUUGCUCGACACGACGGUGGAAAGCGCUGACUGGUCUCAACGUGUUGUGGCUGUGGUGUCGGAGCAUGACGUUGACAACCACCCCGAGCAUGAAAAGGCCUUGGUGACAGAGCUGCAGUGGGCAACGCACUUGGGUGUUGCUGCCAUCAUGCUGCCCUUGCAAGGCCCAGACUGCUGCAACCUGGCCAGCAUCACCAACCCUUUUGUUCACUCUGCCGAACAGAUUGCGACUUGGAUCCACGUCAAAACAAGGGCACCACAGCCUCCAAGUGAUACAGACGAACAGCAAGAAGCGGAACCAGCACGGUCAACCUGGCACUGGUGGAACCAAUUUCGCUCUCUCUGCACACCCUGCACGCGCAUGGGCCUUGCGCUGGAACUCUCUGCCAACAUCUGUGACGAGGAGGAGCAGGAGCGAUGGCUCGGAGAGCCUGUGAAAUGCGUUGUGAUUCCCACGGGCAUCUUCCUGACCAACGCCAAGGGCUACCCGGUCCUCUCCCGCGCCCACCAGCGGUUCGUGCGCCGCCUCCUCAAGCUGCGUCCGCAGUUUAUGCUGUCGGGACCGGGCAGCGACGAUGAGGGCCCGUACCCAGACCGCCGCCAGCACCUCAUGUACCUGAACCACCUGGCUGUGAUGGCUGCCCAGCGGUCGGUGUACGAGGCGUCGACGGAGGGUUACGAUGACUACAUUGAGAUUCCGCUCCAGCCGCUGAUGGACCAUCUUGAAUCGCAGACGUACGAGGUGUUUGAGAAGGACCCGGUCAAGUACGAUAUGUAUCAGAAGGCGAUGGAGAAGGCGUUUGAAGACCGCAAGGACAAGGACAAGAUUGUUGCGAUGGUGGUUGGCGCGGGUCGUGGUCCGAUUGUGCGGCGGGCGCUGCGGGCGGCGGAGGCCGUCGGUGUUGCGGACAAGUUGACGCUCAUCGCCCUCGAGAAGAACCCAGGCGCAGUCAGGAUUCUGCAGCACUACCAGCGGACGGAGUGGGGCAAUCGCGUGCAGGUGUUUGCCGGCGACAUGCGCACAUGGCAACCCGUCGCAAAGGCGGAUGUGCUGGUGUCGGAGCUGCUGGGCUCAUGGGGCGACAACGAGCUUUCGCCCGAGUGUCUUGAUGGUGCACAGCGGUUCAUUGCGGAGGGCGGCGUGAGCAUCCCCAACCGCUACCGUUCGUUUGUUGCGCCCGUCAGCACCCACAAGAACUACACGGAGCUGCGCACACACAAGGACAGGAAGCACGUCGAGACACCGUAUGUGGUGCUGCUGUCGAACCACACGCUGCUCGGUGACAUCAAGGAGCUGUUUGAGUUUACGCACCCAAACUUUGGACCGCCCGGUGCCCAGCAGCCGUACACUCCAGACAACACCCGCUUCAAGAUUGUGGAGUGCACGGCCACACAAGACGGGCUGGUGCAUGGGUUUGCCGGGUACUUUGACAGCGACCUCUACGCCGACGUCAUGAUCAGCAUCCAUCCUGAGACGCACACGCCGGACAUGUUCAGCUGGUUCCCGAUGUACAUCCCGCUGCAGACUCCCGUGUAUGUGCGCAAGGGCGAGACCAUCAAGGCGGCCUUCUGGCGCAAGGUGUCGGCAACCAAGGUGUGGUACGAGUGGGCUGUGCUGUCGCCGACGACGACGGAGAUCCACAACCUUGCCGGCCGCUCAUCCUUCAUUGGGCUCUGACCCUAGCGCACGCGCACUGCCCUGGUGUACGUCUAUGUGUGUGUGUGUGUCAUUUGUGUGUGUGUGUAUGUGUGUGUACGUGUGUGUUUAUGUGUGGGUGUCAUUUGUGUGUGUGUAUGUGUGUGUACGUGUGUGUUUAUGUGUGUGUGUGUUUAUGUGUUUAUGUGUUUGCAUCGCGAAUGUCAACGGCCACGGAACUCUUGCUGUGCUGGCUAGAAGCGUUGGAUAUGCAGCUGUUUAUGUGAGGCACGCCACAGCAGCUGUUGCGGUCUCAGUUGGAGUUGUUUUGAAAUCAGCGCGAGUACAACACACGAUGAACAUAAAGACACCAGCAUGACGAC